AUGUUGAAAUUAUAUCAAGUCUUAAAUGAACAUAAAAGAGAAGUGGUCAUUUUAAAUUUGAUGAAAUAGUCAAAUUAGAUGGGGAUUAAGGAUCUAUUUUUAUUUGGACUUUUAAUAAUAAAAAUUAAUGGAUUUACUCAUAAACUAUUUAAGGACACAGUAAUUGGAUUAGAAGUUUAAUUUUAAAUAAUAAUGAAUAUCUAUUUAUUUCAAGUAGUUUUGAUACGACUAUUAAAUUUUGGGUGA